GCUCAGCUUCAUCAAAAAUUGGGCGCCAUGGCCCAGAGGCGGGGAAGAUGCGCCCCUUAGUGUCCCGGGCGAGCUACAGCAUAGAUCCGGCGGUCUGGAAGCCCCGCCCAGGCCGCGUUGUCCUCAGACUCCGGGUUCCCUUGUGUGGCGCGGCACUUAAGUUCUGGCUGUGGCGCUCGGGCGGAAGGUUUAGGCGGACGGACCGACGCUGGAGAUGGGCUCCGGGUCUAGACUACUCGAGUGAACCAGCCUUCAGGAACGUUCCAUUCUUUCUUUUAUCCCAGUGCUUACAACCUGGGUACAAAAUUGGAUUGCCACAAGUUGGCCACGGCUGAGAACGUGCACUUGGAACCUGACACACAUGCCUCAGACAGGAGAAAGAGCCAGCUUCUCAGGUGUCCUCAGAGACAGUCACCCAUUGCAGUGCUGACAGCAGAUUUCAUCGACUAGAAGUACUUGUUGAUACCUGAUGAGUUAUCUGUUUCCCCUUCUCCUAAGAGUCUUUUGAGACAGGAUUUCAUAUAACUCAGACUGGCCUCAAACAUCUUAGAAACUAAUAGUGACCUUGGAAUUCUGAUCCUCCAGUCUCCACCUCCUGAGAGCCCAAAUUACAGCAUUUCUCCAGUUGUAGCUGGCUCUCUGUUCUGAGAGGGAGUGCUAGAAUUGUUCCAUCAUGCCCACUGUGGUGGUAAUGGAUGUGUCCCUUUCCAUGACCCGACCGGUGUCUGUCGAGGGGUCUGAGGAAUACCAGCGGAAGCACCUGGCUGCUCACGGCUUGACGAUGCUAUUUGAACACAUGGCCACAAAUUACAAGCUUGAAUUUACAGCACUGGUGGUUUUUUCAUCACUUUGGGAACUGAUGGUCCCCUUCACAAGAGAUUAUAACACCCUGCAGGAAGCACUGAGUAACAUGGAUGAUUAUGACAAAACCUGCUUGGAGUCUGCAUUAGUUGGCGUUUGCAAUAUUGUCCAGCAAGAAUGGGGUGGAGCGAUUCCUUGCCAGGUUGUUCUGGUGACUGAUGGCUGUCUUGGCAUUGGCAGAGGGUCACUGCGACAUUCCCUAGCUACUCAGAAUCAAAGGAGCGAGAGCAACAGAUUCCCACUCCCCUUCCCUUUCCCAUCUAAGUUGUAUGUCAUGUGCAUGGCCAACUUGGAGGAGCUUCAGAGCACUGACUCCUUGGAAUGCCUUGAACGACUUAUAGACUUAAACAAUGGUGAAGGGCAAAUUUUUACUAUUGAUGGCCCCCUGUGUUUGAAAAAUGUCCAGUCUAUGUUUGGAAAGCUGAUAGAUCUGGCAUACACGCCUUUCCAUGCGGUUCUCAAGUGUGGCCACCUAACAGCUGACGUACAAGUUUUCCCCAGGCCAGAACCUUUUGUUAUAGAUGAAGAAAUUGAUCCUAUCCCUAAAGUCAUUAACACAGACUUGGAAAUAGUGGGCUUUAUUGACAUAGCUGAUAUUUCCAGCCCCCCAGUUUUGUCCAGGCAUUUGGUCUUGCCCAUAGCACUUAACAAAGAAGGUGAUGAAGUGGGUACUGGCAUCACUGAUGACAAUGAAGAUGAAAAUUCAGCCAAUCAGAUCGCUGGCAAAAUACCCAACUUCUGUGUGCUGCUCCAUGGUAGCCUGAAAGUGGAAGGAAUGGUGGCAAUUGUACAACUAGGUCCUGAAUGGCAUGGGAUGCUCUACUCGCAAGCUGAUAGCAAGAAGAAGUCAAACCUCAUGAUGUCUCUCUUUGAGCCUGGCCCAGAACCUCUCCCAUGGCUGGGGAAAAUGGCACAGUUGGGUCCCAUUUCAGAUGCUAAAGAAAACCCUUAUGGGGAGGACGACAACAAGAGUCCAUUCCCCCUGCAGCCCAAAAACAAACGCAGUUACGCCCAGAAUGUGACUGUCUGGAUCAAACCCAGCGGCCUGCAGACAGAUGUACAGAAGAUCUUAAGAAAUGCGAGGAAGCUCCCUGAAAAAACACAGACAUUCUAUAAGGAACUGAAUAGGUUACGAAAAGCUGCCUUAGCCUUUGGUUUCCUGGACCUGCUCAAAGGAGUGGCCGACAUGUUGGAGAGGGAGUGCACCCUGCUGCCUGACACAGCCCACCCAGAUGCAGCAUUCCAGCUCACCCACGCUGCCCAGCAGCUCAAGCUGGCCAGCACCGGCACCUCCGAGUAUGCUGCAUAUGACCACAACAUCACACCCCUGCACACGGACUUCUCAGGGAGCAGCACUGAAAGAAUGUGAUGCUAACCUCUGGAGCUUUCCUUCUCUGCUCAUUUUGUCUGAAAAUGAGCCCAUUCAACCCCAAAUAGCUAUCCAAGGACCUCGAGCUGUCUCAAGCAGCACUGCCAGUUUGAAUGUCUCUACUACAGUCUGAGAAAGGUUCGAAGGGUGGUUGUCUGGGGCUUUCACACUAGCUCUAUGGGGCUUAGUCCAAAACAGCUUUUGUUUCAUGUUGAGCACAACUCCUGAGACGCUUGGACAGAUGAGGACAGAGCUCCACUGCCGCCCUCAGGAAGCCUGCCCAGCAAGGGCCUACCCGCAUCCAAAAAGCAACUUUUUUUUACAAGUUUACGUCUCGUUUAUAAGGACAUUCUUAUCUACUGUGCUUAGAAUGAGCAAUCCAGACGUCUAAAACUUGCCUAAGUACAAACCUGAUGCCACCAAGUUUCAAAAUUUUUCUGAGAACUUGUUCAAAUGCAGUGGCAAUGCUCAGGUGCUUCUGGUAUAUCUUGAGGUAGAAAUCUUUAGACAGUAACCACAUAUGUGUAAAAUCACUCCUGUUCAUGUUUUUAAAUGAAAAUUAAAUAUUUGAUUUUCUAUAAAAUGAUUUCAUUUAGAAA